AAAGCCAGGAGGCACCUGGCUGUGAGCUGUCACCGCUGCCCCGCGUCUCUUCCACCGACCGACGCUCUCACCCGCAGAGGCGGAUCUGACUGCGAGGAACGAGCCGCUCAGCUGAACCCCCCCCCACACCCACGCCACCUCCAAGACCCACACACGCGCGCGCUUCAGGCUUAAGCAGCCCUCCUCAUAUUCGGUCAGGUCUAGCACAUUGCUACCUCUGAUCCAUCCAAAAUGGCUCCUACUCUGGCCACGGCCUUCUCCCGCCGCUGGUGGAUGGCGGUUACAGCAGUCAUUGAGAACCUGCUUUUCUCUGCUGUGCUUCUUGGCUGGUCGUCCCUGCUCAUCAUGCUCAAGUCGGAGGGCUUCUACUCUUACCUGUGCAAAGGACGAGAAAACAGCUCCAGCUUCAACUUCUCCAACACAUCCACCCCUGCAGCCAAAGGUGCAGAAGAAGAAUACUUGGAAAUGAACAACUGGCCCAUCUGCAAAGACCAGGAUGAGAUGCUGAACCUGGCCUUUACUGUGGGUUCCUUCUUGCUGUCAGCCAUAACUCUGCCCCUGGGUAUUAUCAUGGACAAAUACGGGCCGCGGAAGCUGCGACUGUUGGGGAGUGCCUGCUUUGCCUUCUCCUGUCUUCUCAUCGCCUAUGGUGCCAGCGAUCCCAACAAUCUGUCCAUCCUGAUCUUCUUCGCAUUGGCGUUGAAUGGGUUUGGAGGCAUGUGCAUGACCUUCACUUCACUGACGCUGCCCAACAUGUUUGGAGAUCUGAGGUCGACCUUCAUUGCCCUGAUGAUUGGAUCCUAUGCUUCCUCUGCUGUCACUUUCCCUGGCAUCAAGGUGAUCUAUGAUCUGGGUGCCACAUUCAUCUCCAUCCUUCUGGUUUGGGCCGGCUGUGCCUGCCUCGUCUUCUUGAACUGCUUCAUCAACUGGCCUUUGGAGCCCUUCCCUGGCCCAGAAGACAUGGACUUCACGGUGAAAAUCAAAUUCAGCUGGCUGGGAUUUGACCAUAAGAUCACCGGGAAGCAGUUUUAUCGGCAGGUGACCACAGUGGGACGCCGUCUGAGCGUAGGCCAUGCCAUAAAGCAGCAGGAGGCGCCCUCCAAAGAGCUGUCCACACAAGAGGCCAACAAGCUGUGCCUGUCCACCGUUGACCUGGAGGUGAAUUGCAAGAGUCAGGAGGAAACUCAGAGCUUCAUGAAGAGUAUCUUCAGUCCCAUCUUCUUGCUGAGCCUUAUCACCAUGUGUGUGACUCAGCUGCGCCUCAUCUUCUACAUGGGAGCCAUGAACACUAUCCUGGAGUCCCUAACAGGCAGAGACCUCAGCACAGUGGAGAGGAUGGAAGUGGUGAGCGUGUACACCUCCAUCUUUGGCGUGCUCCAGCUCCUGUGUCUGGUCACCUCUCCUGUCAUUGGCUACGUCAUGGACUGGAAGCUUAAAGACUGUGAGGAUGAAAACGACAAGAGCACCAAGAGAGAGCCUGGUCAGCCCCGUCGCCCUGACAAACGGAUCCAGAAGAUCGUCAAUGCCACCAGAGCUUUUAUCUUCACCAACAUACUCCUUGUUGGCUUUGGAGUCACCUGCAUCAUCCCCAACCUCCCACUUCAGGUUGUCUCCUUUGUCCUGCACACUAUUGUGAGAGGCUUCAUCCACUCUGCAGUUGGCGGGCUUUAUGCUGCUGUGUAUCCAUCCUCUCAGUUUGGCAGCCUGACAGGCAUGCAGUCUCUGAUCAGCGCUCUGUUCGCCCUGCUCCAGCAACCUCUCUUCAUGGCCAUGGUGGGACCCCUGGAGGAAGACCCCCUAUGGGUGAACGUGGGUCUCCUGGUGCUGAGCAUGCUGGGUUUCUGCCUACCCUUCUACCUGCUGUACCACAGCCGCCAGCUCCAGCGCCUCCGAGAUGAACGUGACAAAGAUCCCAAGAUCUACGUUAAGAUGAACAACGGCAGCACGCCCGAGGCCUGCGUGUAGACGGGCAUGAAGACGAGUUUUUACAAAGUAGAUGAGCUACACUAAAGAUGGAGGGGACUGAGGUCACAUUCCUGUGGGACAUGUGACGAAUGAAUUCACUCUGAGACCGCCGCACCUCGCACUCACAAAUCUUACAUUCCCCAUGCUCACACAGAUGCACACACUUCCACCAUCAUACUGACACCCAUAUGUGACUGAACACCACUGUGACACUACCUUCACCCUCUCUGUGAAGAACCCCUAACACACACACACAUUCUUUCCACAUGGAGAGCUUUCAGUUCCUUGACUUCACCCGUGAACCGAGGAGAAAACUGACUAAAGGGAGAGAAAAGAAGCAGCUGCUUCAGCCUCCCCAAAGGUUCCUCCUCUCUCACUUUUUUCUUCAUGUCUGCCAUUUUGUAUUUCAUGCUAUUACAUCCGAGGAUCAGCUGGUUUAGCUUCUCCUAGUCCUACUUAAGAGACCACAGGAGAAGAAGAUGCCAAAGCAAAUGUUAGUGGCAGUGUUCAAAAGUUUUAGACAUUUGCUUUAUGAUUGCCCAGGAUGGUCUGGUUUUUGUUUCGGUGAGAAGAAGCACACAUACUCAGACCCACUCAGCACGCUGGGCCACGGCAUCUCCGUGCUCUCUUGUGCACAAGGGCAUUAACUCAAUAAGAACCCACAGACAGCAGCACUGGUAGCAGUUUAGAUGGAAACCUGGACAGGUUUGAGCUCAGCGCACGAUACAUAGCCUCAGUGUGUGCGUGACAUGAUGCAGUGAAUGCGUUAGUCUGCUGGGUUAGACACACACUGCUUGAUGCCAGCGAUGGUGCUGGUCCUUUAUUACUGUUGCCAUUAUUUUCUUUUGUUUUGUUUCUUUGUCCAUAUGUUUGAAAUAUGUAACCUUUUUUUGUAUUUACUUGCAAUAUGAUCUUGGAUGUGUUAGGUGUUUAUUUCUUUUGCAUGAUCUCAAGCUAUUAAGGUGGAAAUGAUUUUAGACAUAUUGUGUUUUCAAAGGUUGGUGUGGUUGCUAGGUGAAUUUUAGGAUCUUGAUUGGUUGUAGCAAUAAGUCGUCAGCGAGGUAUAACAUGCUGAAAUCCAGACAGACAGGACAUUCAGUGGACUGCAUUUCCAAAUCACAAAAAGGUGCUAGUUUAAUCACAGAAAUGUGUCCGUUGCAUUUGCUUUAAGGCACUGUUAAGGUCAUCAGAUUACCAACGAGAGAUUGUUUUUCUUAAGGCAUGUUCCAAAGAAUCAGUUAUUAUGUUUUGCUUGGUAUCACUUCUGCUCGGUCACACAAACUCUGGGAUUCUUGAAUUCACCUCUUACAGACAAAGGGAGAUUUAGCUUGAUGGUAGCAGAGUGAAACAGACACAAUCUUCCAGCUUCUGAGAAAAGACACCAGCGUUCUGAGACUAAGUACAGACAAUAAAGCAGUCUUUGUCUUUCAAGCAGAAGCCCAGAACAGAAGCAUGGAGUGUGUAGACGAUGGAGCAGGGAGAUAAUAAUUCAGUCUGCUGUCCUCAAAUGUCAUACAGAGAAGCUCCUCUGACACGCCCCGCCCCCAACUUGCAGUACGGUGACAGAGGCACAUCCAAAGACAGCCUCAUGACCCUCAGAGUUCCUCACUGUGAUAGGGGUAGUGGAUCUGGGUAGCAUUUACCCCCGCUCUUCCUCCCAUCUAGCCAUCAUCCAUUCAUCCAUCCUUUCAUCUGUGCUACCUACUCAAGCACACCUUAAAAUGUUUACUGACAGAACUGAGAGACAAAGCUCUGCUGCCAUCAUAUGCUCCCAGCGAAUGACUUCAUUAAGACAAGAACGGCACACGAUGCACUUUAGAGCCUCUAAAACGGACCUGCCUGCCCAUGUAUCUAUCACACAGUGCAUGGCUGCUUAUGGAUGGUGCAUGAUGCAAAGAAUGUAGACUCUGAGCUUAAAAUCUAGAUUUGUAAUUUACAAUUCAGUUAUUUUUGUAUAAUGCCCUUGCUUCACACGUUCCUUUUAUUGCCUUUUUGUGCUUGGACAGUGGGGCAGAGACUCGUCUUUCAGUUCUGCAACCUUCACAGGACGAACCAGUCGCAACAAUCUCAUCCUUGAUGAACUAAUAUAGGUUUAAAGAAUCAGUAGAAGACUGUAUGGGUUAAAGUUGGUGCAGAAAUGAUUUUAGUUGGAUGACGGGGAAAAAGUGUACAUUUGUAAUUAAAGGUGUUUGCAUCUCUUUAUCUAACUGAAUGGUGGCCUUUUUGGUCAUAUAUCACAAUCCUGACUGACUGUAUUUCCAUAAAUGCAGAUCUUAUUUCAUACAUCCACAUGUCUUGUUGUUUGGAGCAGUUAGCUAGCACAAAAGGUAUUGGAUAUAUCAGACCUGAACAGAUCUAAAUAUUUAUCAUUCUGCCAUCUUUAUUUGUAUUUUGUAAAUUCAGAUCCACACAAAGACAACCAGGGAAACUCCUACUCAGAAGUCAUUCCACAUGUGCAAGAUUAUCUCUCAAUAACAGUUUUGUGCUUGUGGGAUACAACACAAUGGAUUUUUUUUUAAAAUGGAAAUGUAAAGAAUGUAAAGUCAGUGCUCAUAUCUUCACUUACAAAUGUACAGUUUUUGCCUUCUAAAACCUUAUUUGUGGUACAGUUGUCCUUCAUAUGAUUAAGGCCCUAUCCUGGACUCCAUAGAGAGUGCCUCUGGUAGCGUGCUGGUGUUUCCUGUAACUUAAAGAAGUGUCCUCUGAGUACAAGCUUGUGCAGGAAUAACAUCACAUGUAAAUGUCAUGUGAAGACAGACACUUUGUGGACGAGUGAGUUUAUUUUUUUCACAAACUGUAAACCAAUCAGCACUUUUCCUUCAUCGGUCUACCUGAAACGCCUCACCCCAUCCUCCCAGCAUCCUCACCUUCAUAGCUUAACCCGAACCUCUGAUAAUUGGAAUUGGUUUAUUGAUCGAUGUAUUGAUGACUUGUUUGGUUUUUUUCUCAUGAUGAAUUCCCAGACAACAUUUCUGUGUGUUGUGUUUUUAUGUCACUGUGUACUGAUAGAAAAUCUAGAUUGGAGCUGAAACUCUGACAUUUUUUUUUAUCUACCUACCAUGCUUCAUUUGAGUUUUUCUGUCUUUUAUUACGCUUCUUUGCCUUUGAUGUUUACAAGAAUGUCUUUGUAUUGUCUUACAGUGUAUGUUGGUUUUUCUUUUGUCUUGUACGACAGUAUAGCCAUUGUCUUGGACUUUCCAACAGAUGCUGUUUCAACUAAAAAAAAAAAAAAAUCAAUAUAU